AUUGCGGACGCCGACAAGGUUUCAUAUGCCCAAAAAGAUUUCCAUCAACUGGUCAAACACGUAGAAAUGUAGUUGCAUGCAUGCAUCGCUGUAGGUGGCGCCCGCCAGAUGUAUAGCAAGGCAUCGUACCGUGAAAGGAUGAUGAUUGGGUUCUUCACGCAAUACUCUCCCCAAGCUACUUGGUGUAAUGGUCAUCUCGUAUACCUCCCAUGCUUUUCCCUGUCUUGUCGACACACUGAUAAACCCGGAACAGACUACAUAGUUAAUUUGUAUAACGACUUGGGCUUUAACGGGGAAUUGGUUUAGAUCCUCAGUGCACUAUAUGUUACGGCUGCAACAAUGGCGACAUUCCUUGCAUCCUUUGUCAUGGAUUUCGUUGGACGAGUGCAUCUCCUCAUCAUUGGAAUGAUUGGACGUAUGGUCAUCCUCAUGAUCACGUUCGGCCUAGAAUACGCCGAACACAUGGGCAUCAAUAAUCGCUUAGCGGAAAAUCUCUUGGCGUGUUCUUUAUCUUCUUCUACGCAGGAGGCAUGGAAGCGACUUUAUAUGUGCACUGCUCUGAGAUCUUCCCCACCCACAUCCGCUCGCAGGGAAUGGCGUUCUCGAUGUUCGGCCCGUUGCUUUCGACUGUGGUAUUCCUUGAAGCAGGUUCAUGUCACGAUUUUAUGGCGACAUUUCCUAGAGACGAAGGGACUUUCGCUUGAAGAUAUCAAUACGACAUUUGGGAAUGAGGUAGCGGCUCACUUCUCAAAUCUCAGAGAUUACUCGUCAAGAAAUUAUGAAUCCAACAAGGGAAGGUAUCUAACACAGAGGGUGCAUAGUACGGCCGGGUAGUACCGGAAACUUAUGCGACGUCUAGCCGUUCUUUUAAUCAUGGUGUUGAUAUAUCACAACGCAAAUUAGAUCAG